AUGUCAAUGAGGCUAUCUACGCCGCCUCCGAGGAAUUCGGAGGGUCAGGCUCAAUCACCUCUCACUCCGGAACAAGUGCGCAGGAUCGAGAUAAAUAGACUCAAGGCCAAAGCACUGCGAGAGCAACGCGAGAGUGAAGCAUCGCAAGCAAAGGAUCAACAACAGUCAAACUCCACCAAGGCUGGUCAGAAGCGCAGUUUCGCAACAUACGCUGAUACUCCUACUUCUACUCUUCGCGAUGCUACCGUUGAGGUCAACACGAGUCGACCUCUCGAAACCAUACAAGCAGCUCGCAAUUUUGCCAAAUAUGUCGAGUAUGACUUCAGCAAGAUGACCGAUACCAAGGGUGGGUUCUUGACUGCAGAUGAUGAUCCGCACAACAAAGCCCUUCAUGCCCCUGAAAAAGACCACAAGCCUUCUCACAUGACCCAAAAGGAAUGGGAGAGACAGCAAUUACUACGAUCCUUGCGUAAUCAAAAAGCCGGUCCGUUCGAGCCUGGUAUCAGCGCUGGCACGGAUGCUAAGAAAGAGUCAUGCCGGGAAUGUGACACUUUGGAAGUGGAUUGGAAAUGGCUCGAAAUAUUCGGACUUGCAGUCUGCAAUGCAUGCAAAGAAAAAUUUCCCGAGAAGUACAGUCUGCUUACCAAAACCGAAGCCAGAGAAGAUUACCUUUUGACAGAUCCCGAGCUGAAGGAUGAGGCAUUGCUUCCCCACUUGGAAAGACCCAAUCCUCACAGAUCAACGUGGCAUAAUAUGUUUCUCUAUCUCAGAUGUCAAGUCGAAGAAUAUGCCUUUUCCGAAAAGAGAUGGGGUUCCGCUGAGGCCUUGGAUGCAGAGUUUCAAAAACGUGACGCGGAGAAAAAGAGACGAAAAGAGAACAAAUUCAAGUCAAAGCUGGCCGAUUUGAAGAAGCGCACCAGGGUUGAAGCUCAUCAAAGAAGUCGAAAGGGUGGAGGAGGCAACUUUGGUGAUGAUUUGGGUGACGGUAAGCAUACCCACGACUUUGGUCGACCCAUUGAAAACCAAGAAACGGGCAUACCGGUGAAGAAGUGUCUAAUAUGUGGGCUGGAGGUGGAAGAGAUAGAGUUGUAA